AUGCGUACCCUCAUCCUUGUUACUCUCGUUGUUGUGGUCGCAGUGGCCUCCGCUCAAGGACCCGGAGGUCCAUGGGGUCCACGUGGCCCAGGUGGCCCAGGUGGACCAGGUGGACUAGGUGGACCAGGUGGUCGUGGUCGAGGAGGACCAGGACGCGGCCCUGGAGGACCGGGUGGCCCUGGAGGACCAGCACGCGGACCUGGAGGACCAGGAGGCCCAGGAGGACCAGGUCGCGGACCUGGAGGACCAGGUGGCCACAGACCAUGGGGACCGUCAUGCAACCGUACCACAUCCACAACAGAGGCCUCCACGAGCGAUUCCACCACUACGGUGUCCUCCACCACAACGGAAUCGUCCACCGCUUCCUCCACAGAUUAA